GUUUAUUUUCGGCUGUUGUAUCGAUCGUAUGCGGUCUUGCAAAUAUUAAAUAAAAGAAGUGAAAAACACAACUGAAUAAAUAAUAAUUCUUUUUUAAAAAAAGGAAGCUAAUAAGUUUAAAUAAAAAAGUUGGAAUUAAAAAAAAAAACGAUUUAAAAAAAAAUAAAAAUAAAGUGUGUAAACAGUUUGGAUUGAUAAAAACUUGUGGAUUAUUGAAAAAUUAAUUGCUGAUCUUUUGAUUAUAAGAACAAUGGCACCACUACAAGACUCAAUUUUUGAGGCAGAAGAAGCAACAUAUGGAACUCCAAUUCAACAAUUUUACAGAAAAAAGUCAAUCUUUAUGACAGGCGCUACAGGAUUCUUAGGAAAAGUUAUAAUUGAGAAACUUCUGAGGACAUGCGACGUGGAGAAUAUUUAUAUACUAAUGCGAAGCAAAAAGAACGAUGAUGUACACACAAGAGUAGAUAAAAUAUUUGAUGAUCCUAUUUUUGAAAGAGUAAAAAAAGAAAAUCCAAAAUUUCGACACAAAAUCGUUUCAAUUGGUGGUGAUUGUAUGCUUCCCGGCUUGGGCAUUGAUCCUAAUGAACGCGCUCUUUUAGUUAAACACGUUGACAUCGUCUAUCAUGUGGCGGCUACUGUAAGAUUCGAUGAAAAGCUAAAAUUAGCACUUGCCAUAAAUGUAUCAGGAACAAUGGAGAUGAUGAAACUUGCUAAAGAAAUGGAACAUCUUAAGGCAUUCGUACAUGUGUCAACUGCGUUCGCAAAUUGUAACAGAACAGACAUCGAUGAAACAUUUUAUCCAACGCCAAUAACUGGUGAAAAUAGUAUUAAGCUAGGAGAGAUGAUGGACGAUGCAACAUUGAAUAAAAUGACACCAGAACUUAUUGGCAACUGGCCGAACACAUACACAUACACAAAAUGCUUAGCUGAAGAUUAUGUACGAUCACAUGCUAAAGGUCUUCCACUGGCUGUCUUCCGACCCGCUAUCGUUAUUCCAACAUAUCAAGAACCCAUCAAAGGAUGGAUUGACAAUAUGUAUGGCCCAACGGGCAUUGUGAUUGGAGUUGCCGCUGGUCUAUUACGCGUAAUUUACGUCCACAAAGAGAAUCAAGCUGAGCUUGUUCCGGUUGACAUGUGCUGUAAUUCCCUCAUCGCAUCUGCUUACGACGUAGCUGUUAAUUCAUAUGAGGAACCUCCAAUUUAUAAUUUUGUAUCACAUAAUAAGAACCCGCUUACAUGGGAGAGCUACUGUGAUUUAUGUGUUGAGCAUGGCGUGCAAGCACCUCUUAUGAAAAUGGCUUGGUAUUAUACAUUAAAGUUGUCAUCAUCCCGCUUCCUCGUCACAAUUUUAACAUUCCUUUAUCACUGGAUACCUGCAAUGAUUGUUGACUUUAUUCUGUUGAUUUGCGGCAAGAAACCCAAACUUAUGGACACAUACAAAAAGAUUCAUAAACUCUGUGAUGUCAUUUCAUACUUUACAACUCAUGUAUUUAUAUUUAAACGUAAUAAUGUCGAUAAUUUAUGGAUGAAAAUGGACGAUAGGGAUAAAGAGCUAUUCUUCUUCGAUAUGAAAAAUGUCGAAUGGUCGUCAUUCAUAAAAAAUAGCAUUUUCGGAAUUAGAACUUACUUGAUGAAGGAAGAUCCAAAAACAAUUCCACAAGCUAUUAAGAGAUUCCAAAGAUUGAAAAUUAUUCAUUACACAACAAUAUAUACUAUCCGCGCUGCUGCUCUGUACCUUCUCUACAAACUCUUACCUCUGCCUAAACUCUUCUAGUUCAUGCUAUGAUAAUUUAGUUGUACACAACUCAUAAAUCAUGACUAAUAUAAAAAAAAAGAAUUUCAUGUCGAUCAUUUUAUAAGAGAAAAUAGCUAAUUAUGUAUUAGAAUAUAAUUUAAGUUGUAUAUUAUUCAAAUGUAAAAUGUGUACUUUUUUGUUUGUUAUGGGUCUAUAAUUCAGUCAGGAUAACUUCCGAAAAAAAA